AUGGCAUCCCAAUUUUCAGGCACGAACGGGACCGAUAUUAAAACCUCCGCUGCUCCCGCCGGAUCAUCAAAAACCCUACCACCAUUAUCCACAAAAUCCCCAACCCUAACGCCUCAAGGACAACUCACUGGAGCAGCAAUAUUAAACCGACAACGAAGCACCUCACCAAAGACCAUGUCAACGGAACACAAGAACACUCCCACCACAACCACCACCACCCCCGCCGCCAACGAACUGCCAAAACAGUCGCCGAAUCCCGCAGCACUUCUAACUGCUGGUUUUGGGAUGAGUGCUCCCACGGAUGUACCUAAGGAGGAGCCUACUCCCUCCCGGGAACUAGGCAGUCUACCCGGCGUUGCGGCAGCAGCUGCAGCAAUGGAAGAGCGCGAGUCCCCGACAGCAACCACUAUGUCAGGAACAGACAGUGCGGGUCUUACUACAGCAGCACCACCACAGGUCACUACCCCACUUUUGCUACAAGAGCAGUACCCACCACUCCAACCUCAACCUCCUCCACAAACCCAGACGCAGCAACCGCGGGAUCAAAAAGACACGGGCACUCCCGGAACCUCACAAUACGGCCAUAAUCCGACCACGCCGGUAACCCCCUUCAGCCCCUCCGGCUCCAGCGCUGGUGCCCGGGGAAAGCAUACCUGUUCACAUUGCCUGAAGACGUUCACGCGCCACCACAAUCUCAAAUCACACCUGCUCACACACGCUCACGAGAAGCCAUACCUGUGUACAACCUGCCAAGCGCGUUUCCGCCGCCUGCACGAUCUAAAGCGGCAUUCGAAGCUUCAUACCGGCGAGCGACCGCACGUGUGCAACAAAUGUGGGCGGAGGUUCGCCCGUGGGGAUGCGUUGGCGAGACAUGCCAGGGGUGAAGGCGGAUGCGCGGGGAGGAGAGGGAGUAUGAGUGGGUUGAAUGAGGAUGGGAGUAUGGGCGUUGGUGGGGAGCGUGAAGAUGACAUUGGUGAUUUGGAGGGCUUGAUGGAUGAUCCGGAUGGGGAUGUUAUGAUGGAUGAUGUUGGGUCUCCUGCCGGGACGGGCGGUAAUGCGGCCGCAGGGGGAGGAAGACGCAGACAGUCACUACCCUCCCUCCGCACAGAUCUACCAAAUACCCCUAUGACUCCCGCGAGCGCAUAUACCACCGCUGCGACACCUCUGAACCCGAACAGCAGCACAUCGACUGCCUCCUCUUCAGCAACUCUAACAGGCCGCCACCCCCAUCACCUUCACCACCACCACCCACACCAUCAUCCGCACCACAACACGUACCCGCCGCCUAGCGCCCGCUCUUUAGCUGCCGUCUCGGCAACUACAAAUCCCCAAUCAGCUACGUCCACUACUUCAUCCUCAACCCCCGGCCAAACCGCACUCUCGGCAUCAGCCCCCAGCCCCCCACUCUUUUCUUCUGGCAUCUCUUUCAACAGGACUCCCGCUCCCGUCACAACUCCUACCCCUUCUUCAGCCACUGCCGCUCCCACCACCACCGCCGCUACCGCCACCAGCAACACGGUGCUCUCCCCAGCAGGCGUACUCACCGAUUCUCCAGGAGCAGUAAGCCCCGGAAUGACACGUGAGCGCACGCCAAGCUUUACUAGUUCGGGAGGUUUCCUGUCGCCGCCGGGACCGGUCAUGGCGAGUUCUGGUGCAGCAGGCGGGAGGACAAGCGGGACAGGGACGGCAGGCGGAGGUGUGGGGAGCAGUAAUGUUUUUGCGUCGGGGAUGGACGGUGUGUGGGCUUAUAUCCGUACUUUGGAAGAUAGGAUCCGGGUGUUGGAGGAGAGGGCUGGAAGUAGAGAAUAGGCACGUGAAUAUGCGGGCAUGCGGGGUGAUAAGGGAAGGGAUAAAAGUGACUUUUUUUACAUUAUUUUCUUUUUACAUUUUAUUUUUUUACUUUACUUCGGUCUGGAUGGAUCGGUGGAUCGAUGGAUCCUUUUCUCCUUCCCGUUUUCUAUUUCUUCGGUUUCGAAAGUAGUUUUGUUUCGACCUCUUUUCUCUUUACUUGUUAUUUUGUCUUGUUUGUUGUUUGUUUGGAUAUAGUUAGUCUCCCUCUCCUAACCCUUCAUCUCUCCCUCUCCAUGAACGAUUCACGAUAACUGACUGAUUUACUGGUUGAUUGACGCACGGAAGACUUCUACUACUGUUAUUUAUCACCGUUUGUACUUAGUUACUGACGCAGCGUAUGGAAGUUUUUUUUGGGGGGGGUUCGAUCCCUAUGGUUUUUUUUUUUCCUUGGUUGGUGGUGGUAGUUAGGUUGUCGUAUGAAUACUGAGUUUUACUAUUAUGGAUGCGAGAACGAGGGAUUGGGGGGUGGGGAGGGGGAGCUGUGUAUGCUAAAGAAAAGGAAAGUUCAAGGCAAGUGGUGGCUUUGAUAUUCUGUCGUUUGUUGUGGUCCGAAAGGGUUGGAGACUAUGGAAGCACCUGCAUUCCUGCUUCAGUUGUGGGUUCGGCGCAGGAUUGGCUUUUCUUGUAUAUUACUGGUACAUCAAACCGAGCUUUCCUUCGUU